GCCGUAUCUCGCUCAAGAAUAUUUUCUGCUUCAGCUACGGAGAUUGUGGAUUGUGAUACCUUUUGAACACGAACUCCAGAUGGAAUUGUCUUCUGCUUCUCCAAAGUCGAAUUCUAUCAAUGACAAAGCGUUGUACCGGUAUUCAACGCUUUUGGCAGUCAGGGCGCUUAGGUCUACACGGCCCCGGAAGGGAAGUGUCCUCAUGCUCACGGAGACACUGUGUGUCAAGUAUGGGGCCUGGGUGCAUUUAUCCGAGGCACACGCCAUGCGCUACAUAUCACAGCAUACGUCCAUCCCAGUCCCCAAAGUGCUAUGUGCAUUUGCACAUAAUGACUGUACUUAUAUCGUGAUGGAAAGAAUCAAGGGUGACAUGCUCGGUACUGGCUGGUUGAGACGUAGUGAAGAUUCAAAGGCCAGGCUACUUGCUCAAUUGAAAAAAUUAGUUCAAGAGAUGCGAGAGUUGCAAGCCCCCAAAGGAGUGGGGGUUGCUUCUAUCGACGGCGGGUCCCUCUAUGACGCCCGUGUGCCGGGUCCUACCCUACGCUUUGGCCCUUUCCGCACUAUUGAUGAGUUUCAUCGGCAUCUAAGACGUGGUCUAGAGUUUGGUCCCGAUGGUGACCUUAGCAGUUUCAAUAUCUUGGUCCGCGAGGAUGAUAUUGUUGGCGUUGUGGACUGGGAAACCGCCGGGUGGUAUCCAUCCUAUUGGGAAUAUACUACAGCCUGCCAGGUCAAUCCACAGAAUUCAUUUUGGAUUACCGAGAUUGACAAAUUCCUCGACCCGAUGCCAGAAGAGCUAUCAGCAGACCGUAUUCGCCAAAACUUUUUUGGCGAUAUUUAGCAAGACAACAUAAUGACCUAACAAUUCGUAGGCGAUACUGAGGGUCUUCACCGGCUUCUUCGAUCUUUGGGCCAAAGAUCA